AUUUCGCUUAUAUUUUUUUUACUUUUAGAACUAUUUGCUUACUUGCAUUAGUAUAAUAUACAAAAGAACGUUUCGAAGGAUAUUCUAAACUUUUAUCGAUAAAAAUGCCUUAAAUGUGAUUUUUCAAUUGAUUUCCUUCCGUCGAAUGUGAGGAGAAUGAUCAAUUGUGAUUGGUAAAUUUCUUCAGAUUUUGAGUUUAAAUUCUCAUUGUAGACCCCGCUUCAUUCGCAUGAUAUCCAAUUAGCGUGCAGUUCUCUUGGAAAAGCGGUACGAUCAUUGGAUAUCACAUGUCGCGCGAGAGAUGUAACUUAUUGGUUCAGCAACGCAGCUAAAAAGAACAGACCACAGGUGAUUCAAUGGCCGUACUCAAGUCCAAAAGCAAGUGACGCCGGUAUUUUUUUAUCGCUGUCCAGGUAGUGGUAGUUUAUAAAGCCGGAUCAGAAGCCCUGUUUACUUGUGAGUUAUGCGGUAUGUGUUUUAAAAGUGCUUCUCAGUAUGAAGCUCCUACACAAUACUACCGAAACAGACGUAAAUCACGCUAUCGCAGGGGCUGCUAGUGGAUGUUUAACAAGAUUUAUCUGUCAACCUCUCGAUGUUAUAAAAAUCAGACUUCAAUUACAAGUUGAGCCAAUUUCAACACAUUAUAAUAGCAAGUACAGAUCUAUAUCGCAAACUUUCUGGCUAAUAUUGAGAGAAGAGAGGAUGUCUGCUUUAUGGAAAGGACAUAUACCUGCGCAAUCACUCUCAGUUGUUUAUGGAAUGACACAGUUUUAUUCAUACAAUAUAUUCAUAAAAAUGCUACAAAUACCGAAAACUGAGAGAUGGAAACAUUUGAGAGAAUUUAUUGCUGGUGCUGGUGCUGGGAGCUUGGCAAUAAUCAUUUCGUUUCCUUUUGAUACUGUAAGAACUAGAUUAAUAGCCCAGUCGAGUAACAAUCAAGUAUACAAUGGAGUAUUACAUUCUUGUAGUUCAAUUCUUCGACAAGAAUCACCAAGGGUCUUUUAUUUCGGUUUAUUACCGACUUUAUUACAAAUCGCUCCACACUCUGGUCUGCAAUUCAUGUUCUAUAACAUUUUCACGGAUCUAUAUAAAAGAUAUUUUAACGAUACUAAGACGAAUUUUUACAAUUCUAUGGUGUCUGGUAGUGUUGCGGGAUUAAUAUCAAAAACAAUAAUAUAUCCGCUCGAUCUUGCUAAAAAGAGAUUGCAAAUACAAGGUUUCCAACAUGGUCGUAAAGGAUUUGGUAAGUUUUUCCAGUGUAAUGGUUUAUUGGAUUGCUUGACAACGACGAUAAGAGAAGAGGGGUUAUUAGGGCUGUUCAAAGGCUUAGUACCAAGUCAAAUGAAAGCUGCCGCAGUUACGGCUCUAUCCUUUACGAUGUACGAAGAAGUUUUAUUUUUGUUAAAGAAAUAAUACAACGUAGCGCAAAAUGUUUUAAUGUAUGUUGGCUACUUUUUAACCAAUCUCAUACUUUAUGGAAGUAGAAACAAAACAAAAAAUAGUACAAAUUAUAUACAAACAAACUGUAAUUGAGGUUUUUUUGCGCAAGUUAAUACCUAGGUUCACACUAGCUCCAUUUAUACAGAUGUACAUAAUUGCGCGUAUAUUUUUGUUAUUGUGUUGUAUUGCAAAGUGGAAGAUUGAUUUCCCUCUAGCAGAGCUAUACGUAUAAUAAUCAAUAUAUUUAUGCAUACGUCUCAAAUCUAUUGCAUACAUAAUUUUGAAAAAUAAAUCAUAAUUUAUCAUA